ACCUUCACUUUUUCAUACAACAUUUCACUUUUUCUCAUCACCAUAUCCUAAAUAUCAUCGUCAUGGCUUCCUCAACCUUUGCUUUGAGAAACAUCUCUUCUAUCUCUAUGAAACCAGCUCCCCCAAGAUCAUCACUCACCACUUCAUCUACCUCAACCCUUUUGCCCUUUACUUCAUCAAAGUCAAACCCUUCUCUGUCUAAAGCUCUCAAGCUUAAAACUUCAGUGCCCCACAAGUCCUUCACUUGUAGAAGCCAGGCUCAACCAUCAUCUGACUCAGCUAAAGUCCAAGAACUUAGUGUCUAUGAGAUCAAUGAAAGAGAUCGUGGAAGCCCUGCUUAUCUUAGAUUAAGCCAGAAAAGUGUUAAUUCCCUUGGUGAUCUAGUCCCCUUCAGCAACAAGUUGUAUUCUGGAUGCCUGCAAAAGCGCGUUGGGAUAACUGCUGGUAUUUGUGUUUUGAUCCAAAACAAGGCUGAGAAGAAAGGAGAUAGGUAUGAGGCUAUCUACAGCUUCUACUUUGGAGACUAUGGUCACAUUUCAGUGCAGGGUUCUUACUUGACCUAUGAAGACACGUAUCUUGCUGUGACUGGUGGAUCUGGAAUCUUUGAGGGGGUGUAUGGUCAAGUAAAGUUGCAUCAAAUUGUGUUCCCCUUUAAGCUAUUUUACACAUUUUAUCUUAAGGGUAUCAAGGACCUGCCUCAAGAGCUUCUUGCCAAGCCCGUUGAGCCCGGCCCAAGUGUUGAGCCCAGCCCAGCUGCUAAGGCAUGUGAGCCUCAUGCUGUUAUUGCUGGUUUCACUGACUGAGGAAUGAGAGAUGAUGAUUUUUUGGUUUUUUCCUUCAUUUUGACUUAGUAUGUAGACCUUUGUAACAAAUUUACAAUUUGACCACAAUUUGUUACUUGCAUUGAAAUUUAUGUGGUUGUGGGUCAAGGUGUUAGGUAGUAAAUCUUUUGUUGGUGAAUAAUGAUGAGAGUAUGGUUGGGUUUUGCAGUGUGGAGGGUUAGCACUUUAAAGAAGGCAUGUGCUAGAGUUGGUUUAGUUUGUGGUGGUCUGCCAUAUAUUAAUUCAACAAAGUGUUGCACGAGGCAUUAUUGUAGAGUUAUUGCUGAGAUUAAUGAAUCAUUUAGUUUAAUUUUGUGUAAGAUAUGAUGAACUGUUAAGAUCGACUUUGCCUAGCUGAAGUUUUUUAUGACUCUCAAUGCUAAUAAUAAUUGUUGC